UCGUCCUCUCAGCUGGGCCGACGGCUGCUGGUCCUGUCGCCGUCUACGUGUCAUUUCCUUUCAGCGCCGACGUGUCACGCGAUCGAUCCCUGUACAGUUUGGCCUACUACCAUAUUUGACCUCACACAAUCUGAUCUCGCCUUGUGGCCAGCAGAGGAAUGAUUGGCGAUGCCAGGCAUUUGGACGUAAAACGGGUGGUUGUUCACUGCAGUCAUCUGCAUCGAAAGUGCGGACUGACAUUCAGAGUUUUCGCUAGCCACUUGUCAUGCAUAGCUUAAGAACUCAUCUCGUCUUAGAGUGAUCCUUUCUUCUCUGGACAAGCUCCACUGUACAUAUGGUGCUUGAAUAAACAAGUGGAUCUCCACUGGUUGAUAGGCUGAGGCUCCACGAGUUGGAACGGUGAUCAGCUUUAAGGAACUUUCAGGUGCAUAAGGCAGGAAUAUGGCGAGUGUAGGCGUGCACCAGGCGGCGGUUGUGUUGGCCAAUGGGUUCCCAAGUGCGACAGCAAGAACGGGACCCGUGUGUCAUCGCGGGAUGCUCAAUCCUAGCAAGACUGUGUCAGCAGUGACUGCGUUCUCCGCUUACCGCGGUCUUGUGCGAGUUAGUAAUGACUUGUCAGACUGUGAAUCUGUUUGUAGUACUAGUGGGUCUACGAGUCCAGCACAUGGGGCACCUUCUGGACUCGGCAGCAGAUCGCGACGAUUAGUAUGUCGAGCGUCAUCGUCUUCGCCCCUUCAGGAGAACGAAGGGUCGAUGCACGAGGUGGCAGCAACAGUGCCGGGACUCACAAGACGAGAUGUAUUGGCAAGUAGUGUGGGCCUUGCAGGGCUCGCGCUCUCGGGUCUCUCUGUGGGAAAAGAAGCCAAGGCGGCUGAUGUGGAGGAUUGGGAACCUGUUCCGCUCCCAGUUGAUCGGGGUGUGGUGCUGCUAGAUGUGGGUUUCGUACCGGACGAGCCACAACGCGGGUACUUGGUCGGGACGAGGCAAACGCUACUAGAAACUACGGAUGGCGGGAAAACUUGGGAUCCCCGUCUCAUAGGAGAGGCCGACGAAGAGGGGUACAAUUUCCGCUUCAAUUCGGUGUCAUUCAACGGCACGGAAGGCUGGAUCGUCGGAAAGCCUGCCAUUCUUCUGCAUUCUGACGAUGCCGGCAAGAAUUGGACUCGUAUUCCGCUCAGCACCAGACUCCCUGGGAAUCCCGUCCUCGUCAAGGGGACAGGUCCCAGCUCUGCCGAGAUGGUGACCGAUGAGGGAGCGAUUUACGUCACUUCCAACAAAGGUUACAACUGGAAGGCAGCUGUGGAGGAGACGGUGUCCGCGACACUGAACCGGACUGUUUCCAGCGGGAUCGGAGGUGCAAGUUACUACACUGGGACCUUCAGCAACAUCAACAGGUCGCUAGAUGGAUCGUAUGUGGCGGUAUCAAGCCGAGGAAACUUCUUUUUGACCUGGGAACCUGGUCAGUCGUUCUGGGUGCCGCACAACCGGGUCAGUUCCCGAAGGAUUCAGAACAUGGGUUGGAGAACAGAUGGCGGAUUGUGGCUUGUGACCCGGGGAGGGGGGCUUUACCUAAGUCAAGGGGAGGGAGUGAGCGAGAACUUCAAGGAGGCCCGCCUUUCGAGCCGAGGUUUCGGGAUUCUGGAUGUCGGUUUUGUAUCGAAAGAUCAGGCUUUCGCAGCAGGGGGGAGUGGCAUCUUACUGAAGACACAGGAUGGUGGAAAGACGUGGAUCCGUGACAAGACGGCAGAUGACAUCGCUGCAAAUCUGUAUGCAGUUCGAUUUGUCAAUGAAAAACAGGGCUUCGUUCUGGGUAAUAAUGGUGUCCUUCUGCGCUACAUAGGCAGUGGGAUCGCAUCUGGCUGAAGCCACAGCUGAGUUCGUUUCUUCGCUUCAGUGACGCCUGUCUCUGUUCCUGGAGCGUUUGGUGCGACAUUCCUGUUUGCUGAUACUUUGUUCUGUCAUGUUCACCCUUUUACUUCGUGCAGCGUGGGACAAGCAGUGAAUUACUUUCUAGUACACUCUUUUUUUUUUUGCUUUCAACCAUGGAAGAUACCUUGCUCUGGAGCGGUAUCUUAUCUCCUCAAAUCUGGGUAUGUAUAUUGGAAAGGAGUCAAUCCAGCCGCAGGUUCCCCUACGGCUACCUUGUUACGACUUCACCUCAGUCACUGAUUCUACCGUGAUAGUCUCUAUGAUCAACGAUGCGAAAAACAUGCUCUCUUCCUGCGACUGCGGGGAGCAGCGCGGAAUGGUACCUUAUCUUAUUAUGUCCUUUGAAC